CCUGUCGGUCACAGCAUGUUCUUGUUGCCGCUCGUUUUUCUUGUCGGUCGAACGCUUGCUGACCCCGUGAAGUUAGCCGUCAAACCUUUUGACCUGCAACGCGUGCGUUUGACCGAUGGAACAUCGUUCUCUAGAGCUCAGCAACUCAACACGCAAUAUCUACUCAUGCUCGAUCCCGACCGGCUGCUGUACAAUUUCAGACAGACCGCUGGUAUUAACACGACCGCUCAACCGUAUGGCGGAUGGGAAGCGCCCAACUGUGAGGUACGCGGUCACUUUGUCGGUCACUACCUCAGCGCAACGGCCAUGACUUGGGCGAGCACGGGAAACGAUAGUAUACGCAAGAACAUGGACUAUGUCGUCUCUGAGUUGGCAAAGUGUCAAGACAAGAUGGCGACCGGUUAUCUCUCUGCAUUCCCAACAUCCUGGUUUGACCGUUUGGAGAGUCUGAAGCCUGUCUGGGCGCCAUUUUACACCAUACACAAAAUCAUGGCUGGACUGUUUGAUCAGUAUCGGAUCACGGGCGACACAAAGCCGUUAAACAUGACACUCAAAAUGGCCGCCUACUUUAAAAAGAGGAUAGAGAGCGUUAUUAGCGAUUAUACAAUCAGUCGAUGGGAGAGCAUACUUAAUGUCGAGUUUGGUGGCAUGAACGAAGUGUUGUACAACAUGUACGAGGCGACGUCGCAACUGGAGCUUCUCUCUGUGGCUCAUCUUUUUGACAAAGCUGUUUUCAUGGGUCCACUUGCCGUCGGGGUGGACGAAUUGACAGGCUUGCAUGCCAACACACACAUACCCGAGGUGGUCGGUGCUGCGAGGCGCUAUGAGGUGACCGGAGAUGAGGAGUACCGGCAACUAACGGAAUACUUUCUCAGAUUAGUGAAUUAUACGAGAACGUAUGCUACCGGAGGAAGCAACAUGGAUGAACACUGGCAAGAGCCGCACCGGCUGGGAGACAAGCUAAACGGUGCCACUGAAGAGACGUGUACGCAAUACAACAUUCUUAAAGUUGCGAGGCAUAUAUUCCAAUGGCAAACGAGUAUAGAUAUCGCCGAGUUUUAUGAGCGCGCCAUUAUGAAUGGAAUCAUCGGCGUCCAACGGCCCAAUUCUCCCGGUGUGUCGAUUUAUAUGAACCCUCUAGGUGCCGGUGUCAGCAGACUCAGUGGAGCUCACAGCUGGGGCACACCGUUUGACAGUUUCUGGUGUUGCUAUGGAACUGCGGUGGAGAGCUUCUCCAAACUUGGUGAUUCGAUCUACUUUAAGGACACUGCGAACGGAUCUGCAUUGUGGAUCAAUCAGUUUGUCUCCAGUAGUGUGGAAUACAAUGAGGCAGGGCUUGUGAUCAACCAGAAAUCCAAUUUUCCAGCGGUUUCCAAUAUGCCUUUUACUGACAACAGCGUCACAGUGAGGCUGGACUUUACAGCAACGAAGAAAGCAACAACCUCCACGUCAGUCUGGAUGCGCAUACCUUUCUGGGCAAAACCUGGAACUAUCAAAGUAACUGUUAAAACAGGCAAUAAUACAUCUACAGUCAAACCUAUGCCUGGACGUUACUAUGAGCUUGCCAAAGUCUGGGACUCGGAUGACUAUGUAAUUGCAUCUUUCUCACCGACUCUGCGGUCUGAGCACAUCUCUGAUGACCGCCCUACUUAUAUGAACCUGUCCGCCAUUAUGUAUGGUCCUCUGCUGCUAUGUGGAAUCACGACAGGUGAGAAUGAAUUAGUAGGAGAUAAAGAACACCUUGAAGAUUGGGUAGUACCUGUGGACGAAAUCCCACUUCACUCUAUAGCACUCUACACAACAUCAGCAAACAAGCAGUACAUCAGACACUCGGGUUUCAUGGGUUGGGUAUCAGAUAUAAACCCAGAAGCAGGCACAGAUGCACCAGACGCGACAUUUAAAGUCUCCAAACUGUCUAAUGCAUCAGACUCAAUUCAAAUCUCCAGUGUCAACUACCCCAAUUUCUUCCUCACACACAAAGGUGAUGACCAGCUUGCUCUUAUUUCUACUGAUUAUUCUCAAACAUUCAAUAAGUCUUCGACAUUCCAUCAAACACCUGCACUUCUCAAUACAAGCAGUAAAACUGCAUUUUCCCUCGAACUAGGUGACAUGCCCGGCUAUUACAUAUCAACUAUGAAAGAUGGACAAAACCGGCACACAAGUACAUCGCUUGCUCGUCUUCCACUUUAUGCCUCAAAGAUGCAGCCCGGUCAAGCAUUUGCGGCUGCUAGCACAUUUACCCUCGAGGAUGCAGUUUUCAAGUACAAGCCCUACAGCUUUGUUGCUCUUGGGGCAAACCGAGACUACCUGUUGCAGCCACUCAAUUCAAUGGUUGAUGAGCAAUACACAGCGUACUUCAACAUUACCAUGCCCUAACACAAGCAACAAAACAGCUGUGUGCUACUUCACAUUAUUACAUUUCGCUAAUUAGGAGAGUCUACUAGGUAUACUGCAACGCAUGCGCGACUGUACAGUUUACAUACACUCUGCUAGACGCCAAGCUGCCAGUUACUUUUGUCUACG